AUGGCGCUCUCCAGCCUCCUGCUGCCUUCCUCCUCGACCGCCACCGCCACCGACACUCCGGACCGCCGGCGACAGCAGCAGCACCAUGGCAAGCGCAAGAAGAAGCCGCCGCCAUCGCCGCUGCCCCCCUCGCUCUCGCCGGCGCCGAGGACGCCAAGCCGUCGCGCCGCGUCCAGGAAGAGCCCCGUCGCGGCCAAGAACGACCGUCCCCGUCGCCAGCACUCCAAGAAGUCCGCGCCCGCCAAGCCGGCGCCGGCGCCGUCCUCAUGGGAGCAGCUGAAGAGCCUGCUGAGCUGCCGGAGCGCGACGGCGGCGUCGCGCGUGCACGACCCCGCCGCGCUGACGAGGACGGGCGGCGGGGGCGGCGCGUGGGCGACCUCGCUCUGUUCCAUGCGCGACGUGGCCGUCGACGGCGCGUCCUCCGCCGCGUCGGUCGACCACCGCGACACCGCCCCGCUCAACCGCUCGUCCCGCCGCACUAACCGCGCUGCCGCCGCGUCGUCGUCGUCCACGGGCGGCGGCCAUCCUUCUUCUCUGAGGGGCCUCUCCGGCUGCUACGAGUGCCGCGCCAUCAACGUCGAGCCCGUGUCAAGGAGGUACCCGAGGCCGAGGGAGCUGUGCCCUUGCUCGCAGUGCGGCGAGGUGUUCACCAAGGCCGAGAGCUUGGAGCAGCACCAGGCCAUUCGCCAUGCCGUGUCGGAGCUAGGGCCGGAGGACUCGGGGCGCAACAUCGUGGAGAUCAUCUUCAAGUCGAGCUGGCAGAAGCGCGACCGCCCCAUCUGCCUCAUCGACCGCAUCCUCAAGGUGCACAACCGCCCGCGCACCGUCGCGCGCUUCGAGGCCUACCGGGACGCCGUCCGCGCGCGCUGCCGCGCCGCCGCCGCUGCUACCACCUCCUCCUCCGCCUCCGCCGGCACCACCAGCCGCGCCGCCGCCGACGGCAAUGAGCUGCUCCGCUUCCACCCCGCCGGCCUCGCAUGCGCGCUCGGCGCCGAAGGCUCAUCCUCCCUCUGCUCCGCCGCCGCGGCCGACGACGGCACUGACAACGGCGCGAUGGCAUGCGGCGUGUGCGCGGCGAUCAGGCACGGGUUCGCGCCCUGGGCGGGCGCGCACCCGCUGGGCGUGCGCUCCACGGCGAGCAGCGGCCGCGCGCACGACUGCGGCGCGCCGCACGCGGCGAGCACGGGGUGGCGGGCAAUGCUGGUGUGCCGGGUGAUCGCGGGGCAGGUCCGGCGGGAGGAGGACGGCGAGCAGGAGGAGGCGCCGUUCGACUCGGUGGCCGGCGAGGUGGACGCGGCCAGCAGCGCGUACGGGACGCUGGAGGAGCUCUUCGUCGCCAACCCGAGGGCCAUCCUGCCGUGCUUCGUCGUCAUCUACCGUGUCGACAGCGCCGCGCAAUGACAUGAACCAUGCAUGUAUUUCUCUGUGUAUGUACACCUACUAUACUAUGUUGGUUUGUACUCCGUGUUGGCUGUCGGCUUGAAGAUAUAGUGCUACAUGUGUACCCACAAAAAAAUAGAGUACAAGUUUCAAAGAAAAUGUUAAUAUGAGCCUACAUUAAUUUGAUUGAUU